CAAGAAUUCGCACUAGAGAUCCGUCUGUGUGCAAACACUUCUUCGUCCGCCAAACCACUCGAAUCUCAGAUCCCAAGCAAUACUCAAGCAGCAGUCAGCGACCGUUCCUCAUCACCUGUGCUUCCGCCUGCUUGAUGCUAGGAGUAGAACACAAGACGAUGGCUGCUAAAACCCACCCUUCUGAAUUGUGGGCAUUUGUAUUGUCUGUCGGUGCUGGAACCCUGCGAACCAUUCUUCAAUGGCUGGCACUGUGUGCCACUAAGAAGGGCAGAGUCGCAUUUCAAGAGGUUUCUACCGCCUUCAGGUAUGUCGACGGUGUGGCCACAUUUGGUGAAUCGACGCGGCGCGGGUUUGAUUUCAGUACACAUCGUAAGAGACUCUGGGAUCAAGAGCGUGGGUACUAGAAUGUCAUGAGGACUGUUCUGCAGGGAAGAGACUAUGGCGGGCGAGGUGGCCUAUAUAGAACUAAACUGCUCGGAGCUCAACGAUUAUCCAGGUGCGAGGCACAGUGAACAGAUGAGCACGUAAGACACCUAAGGAAUCCAUCGCGAUAAGCUGACUGUAGAGUAUUUUGCGUAAGCGAGUAUUUGGGCGCUUAGCCAGCGUGGCACCUGUCUGCGUCUAUAUUGCAAAGCCGGACAGCCGGCUAUAACUAGGAUCCUUAUCCAACCAC